AUGGCGGGGCAGGGCGAUUACACCGUUCACUAUCUCGCCGCCAACGAGUUUUACGCCAGCCACAACUACCAGACUGCUUUCGAGCAAUAUGAGGCAGCCAGAUGGGCAUUUCUCGCAGAGUGGCCAACAGAGACGGAGCACGAAGAUAUCUUGGAACUGAAGGCACGGGCCGCCAAAUGUCUGCAGAGGCUCCAUCGCUAUGAGGAGUCUCGAAUGCUGAACUUUGAGGUUCUUCGGAUACGACAGAGGAUCUUCCGGCCAGACGACGAGCGGGUUCUGGUCGUGCGAGAAGAGCUGGCCAAAGACCACAGAGCCCUCGGCGCUCAUCAGUUAGCCAUUCCGCUGCUCCGGCAGAACCUCAACGUUCUGGCGUCGUCUCCGAUCUAUGGUGAGGAGAGCGAAUGGACUUGGCAGACUCGAUAUUACCUGGCGAUGGAGGUCAAGGCACAAGGGAACUACCAGGAGGCUCUUGCGCUUCUCGAAAGUACGCUGCCGGGGUCGAUUGAGAAGAAUGUGGGCGCUCAAAACAUCCAGUUGAUGCAAUCGGCCAUCAGAUCGAUCGAAAAUAUCCUGAAUCGUCAGAAAUUGACACAGGCCCGGCCCAGUUCAAGUCAGAGCAUGCAGCGGUCAGCAAUUCAGGCAUUCCCACCAGCAGUCCAGGUCCAAGGGGAACAGUUGGCUCAAAAUACACAACCUCGAGAACAGAGAAAACCUCAAGGUGAAAAAAACCAACGAGCCCCUAGCCAGAACACACAGCAUCAUGUCGACCAAGUCCAAGGUUCGCAGCAAGCUAAGAAGGAAAACGCGAAAAAGCCCAUGAAGACGAAAAGCCCUCGCGUGCAGAUUCCGCAAGCCUCUGGUCGAAAACCCCAGCAUUUGAACCAAAGCCCGACACCUGUGACACAUUUGGAACAGGCGCCAACACAAAACGGAACGAAAGCACCCGACGAGGUACAAGGAAAUUCAUCCCGGGAAGCCCCGGCAAGACUCCGGCAGACCGUGACCCAGGAGCCGACAAAGAGUGAGAGGUGGCUGAAGGACGUGGAGGAAAAAGUCCUGUCAUGGCUGCCCAGAGCCAAAGAACGCGACAAGACACGAAUCGCCAUACUAGACACGGGAAUUGAUUUGGGGCAUCCGUACUUUGGCGAACAUCAUCGCACUGGGGAUGCAGGAGUUCGGCGAGACAGUAUUGUCGAGUACCUGAGCUUCCUUCCCGGUAAAAAGGGGGACGAAGAUGUCCACGGACACGGCACUCAUGCCGCAGCGUUGAUUCAGCGUGUUGCACCCAACGCACUUUUGUAUGUGGCUCGUGUAAUUGACGACGAUGGCGAAAUUAGUGACGCCGAUGUGGUGGCCGAGGCCAUCGAACACGCCAUCGAUAAACGCAAAUGGGGUGUCCAGAUCAUCAGCUUGUCUCUAGGCUUCAAGACCGUUCCAGAGUCCGUGGCGACUGCCAUUGAUAAGGCCAAGAAGCAGGACGUCCUUGUUUUCGCAGCGGCAUCGAACAAUGGGCGCAAUGACCCCAUCCCCGUCACCUACCCAGCGCGGUCUCGGGACGUGUUUGCAGUGUAUGCCACGUCGUAUUGGGGGACAUGGAAAGAGUUUAACCCCAAGGUGGGUUUUGGUAUAGGAACCCUCGGGGAGAACGUCACGGCACCUUGGACGCGGCACGGUAGUAAAGAGGUAGAACCCUACCGUUGCCGUACCGGCACGUCCAUCGCCACACCCAUCCUGGCGGCGUCUGCUGCACUGGCACUUCAGUACAUAUAUCAGAAGCCUCCCUUACGAAUCAAGGAUUUUGACAUGAGGCGCCUCAAGGGAAUGGACGGCAUGGCUCUUUUGCUGUCUCUCAUGACGCGGGAAUGGGACGGCGACGACCACCGAUAUGUGAGCCCGGAAUUCUGGCUUGGCCAUUGGGAAGAUGCAAAGGAUAAACUGACUCGGAGGAUCCGACUGGAAUUUCACAUAGAGCAUUGA